GUGUGUCAAUUUUUAUUGCGUUGAUUGCGCAAAGUUUUGCAGUUGGCUUGAUUAAAGCCCAUGUUUGUGCGACCAGCUGAUUGCGCUUACAUUUCCAUUCGCGUUGUCGUUGUCUUAUUAGCAUUGCAAUCGUGACAAAUGAUUUGAUAGUCGCGGAUUCCACGCUCCGCGUCUUCAGUGACGUCCGAUGGCGUAGAAACAUGGUUUGCCUGACCAAAACGCGGUAUCGGAGAGGCGUACGCCGCCGACUGAAUCCUCCGUCCGGCUAACGCGCAUUACACUGGUGCCUCACCCACUUGCGCCUCGUGCGUAGGCUCGAAACACAGCCUCUCCCAUUGUUGGCUAAAUCAGUUAAUAGGUGACGAUGACGCCGGACUCGAACAGGUGUGAGAGAAUAAAAACCCUCGCGGCGUUUCUGCGAGAGCACGGUGAUGUGGUGCUGAACGGGACCAGAAGGCUCACGCUGACGACGUCGUGUCUUAAUGAGCUCAACUACAUAUUCCGCCAGUUCUUGGGCGCCCAGGAGAACGAAUCUUUCGACGUUCCUUUCGGAUGCAGUGCCAACUCGGACUUCGUGCAUGACGUCUUCUUUCUCCACGACUUCAUGCAGAAGACUUGCUCUCUGAAGAUUGUUCAGAGUUCACAGACUAUACAGGGCAGCCUUGACUUGUCCAAGUUUCACGGUCUGAAGAUUCUUGAGCUCAAGAGAGUGCCGCCACAUCUUCUCACUGGCCUUGAAACUUUAGUGCUUCAAUUAGAAACAUUAAUCUGCCAGAGGAACAUCGCAUCUUUGAAGGAAAUUCUUCGAAGUCGCAACAAAGUGCCUCAACCGUGGAUGAAAAUUAAGGUGGCCAAUUUCAGCUACAAUGGCAUGACGGCUCUGGAUGACAGUUUGACCUUGCUUCCUAGGCUCGAGUAUCUUGACUGCAGCAACAACGCCAUCUCUGAUGCGAAGGGUGUUGAGUUUCUUCACAACGUCAGGGUGCUCAACCUGUCAUUCAAUUAUAUCCAGAAGAUAAGCAUAUACAACAAAAGUGCCUGCGACACGUUGACUGUGCUUUACUUAAGAAACAACUUCAUUGAAGACACCUCAGGCCUGGAACGGUUGAGGCAGCUCAGGGAGCUCGACCUGUCCUACAAUUGCCUCGCAGAGAGCUCCUCGCUUGCUGGCUUCAAGCAGCUCUAUUCUUUGGCCAUUCUGCGCCUCGUGGACAACCCCAUCACAUUCCAUCCAGAGUACCUCUCAAUAGUUGUGUGCCAUCUACACCGCAAGGCAGUCACAGAAAGAUUCAGACUGGACGAUAGACCUCUCCCGAAGAAAUUCAUCAAGCCCACCUGUGCCAAGCAGCCGAGCAGCAGGGCAGUCGAUGUGCCAGUGCCAAAUCCAAUAAUUUCGGUGCCCCCUCUUCGGACCACGGUUGAGUCGGAUGACAGCAGUAGCCUGGCGGGAGAAGUCACGGAGCAGCGUGGCUGCGAGGCAGUGGCCUCUACAUCAGCGUUGCCCUUGAGCAGCGAAGCAAGGCUCUCUGCGUCUUUGGAACAGGACUGCAGCUCAUGCAGCAGUGUCGAAGCGAUGGACCCCAUGGUUCGCAGAAGGCUAAAGGAAAGCAAGAAACCUAGGAAACGCCAAUCCAGCAGGGUGGCAGCCAUCUUGGACCCAGAAGGAUAUGCGGCCCCUGUUACAGAAAGUGGAAAUGUCUCUGCUCUGCGCAAUGACUUUCUUACCUACAAAAGCCAGCUGGAAAGCCGGAAAGAGCGGCUUGGUGAGGAGUGGCUCGUUGGGGUGUCCGCUCUACACUUGCCCGACGCUCAGAGCACGCCCUGUGGGACACCGGGUACCCACACGCUACAGGACGGGGGCUUUCUGACAGCAAGUAAGGUGGGGUCGUGUGACACCAAGGACAUGCACAGCGACUCUGAUUCAGGACGUGCGGAAUCGCUCAAAACUGUCCUUUUCAAGGAGCCAGUCGGGGAUAAAUCAGAAGACGUUGCGGAAGAGGUGAAAGAUGAUUGCUUCGGCGAAGAAGGCCCCCAGAGGCGAAUCUCUGAGCUAAGCCAAGGUGUUGUCGUGCUUGACGAGGUGCCACCUGACCCGUUGGAUGAGUCCAGUGUUCUAUCCCCAGCGGAGGGGUUCAGUUGGACUACGACCAAGAGUGAAGCGACCUCAGACACUGCAGAAACUAACGAAGACAUGGACAGCAAGCUGUUCCUUGUCCAGAAAUGUAGCGACGGCAAUGAAACAUCAGUCUUUGUAGGCGUGAAGGACGACAUCAUGAGGGAGAGUGACAGCCUAUCUGGGAAUUUACAGCGCUUGGACCUUAACAUACUGACUUCUGUGACCUUGCAUGACGACACGACUGUGAAGCUAAAAUUUGACACGACCAUACGCAGUAAAAAGGAGAGAUGCUACGUUUUUGACAGCAGUGAAGACGCAGAGGAAGUUGUGCAACUGCUACAACCUUUUGUGGAGGCAAAGGCUUGGAAGGACCUCUACUCUGAAAUGUUACAGUGUGUGAAAUGUAAUGCACAUUUCCCGAAACAGGCAGUCAGAAAAGUGGUCGUUAGCACAACGAAGGACAACAUCACCACAGAUGUUCGUGAAUCAGAGAGGUGUCCGCAGUGCGACGGUGAGAUUCUUCUGACGUUGGAGACACCAGAAGCUGUGGACGCACUUUCGUCUCUUGCUCCAGAAAACAUUAGCCAAAGCUUGACCAUCAGGAAAGGGUCCGAUGCGUCAUCUAUUGGUAAAGUAGCACAAGACAAUGUUUCCGAGGAGAGCAUCGAGACCGUGACUCCCGACCAGCACAGCAGCCUCUACCGGCCGGGUUUCCGGAAGAGCGCAAGCGACAUCACCAUCCUCAGCAACCCCAGCCAAAGCAGCAUUAUGGUCAUAUCUACCACUUCCACGCAGGAUGGUCGCGUGGAAAGCACGAGAGAAAAUGAGAAGACGUUGUCUCCGCCGCCUACGGUUGUUCUUCCAACACUAAGGGAAAUUGUUGAGGAACCUGUUCUGAACAUUAGCAGGACAGAUAGCAUCAGCAUAGGUCACCCAAGUAGAGCGAGCGCAUCGGACACCAUGCUAUCGGAUGCGAGUUUCAAGAGCGCUCAGAGCCAGCCCAAUGUGAGCCUGCAGCUGCCGGACACCUCAGACUCGAGCCGGUCGGAGUGCUCCAUCUCGGCGUGGGACAUGUUCGACAGCAGAGAGGACACCGAGCCCACCUCGUUUACCACCCCCGACCACAGUGUCCUGUUACACCUGGAUGUCAACGUAUUUGGAAGGAACGAGACCUUCGUGUGCUGUGUGGAGGUGGACUUGGUGACAUGGUCAUCCUUAGAAGAGAUUCCAGCGCUUCUGGUGAUAUCGAGUAGCAAAGCUUAUUUCUUCAGGAUCAGGAACAACAAGGAAAAGGAAGACCCCGAGUCUUGGCUAGUACUGCGAGAGUCAAGGUCACUCGAGAACCUCAAGGUCAUCUCACUUCUUCUCGGCAAUCAGGGAUUUUGCCUCAGAUGGCAGGUUGAGAAAGGAUCACUGCCAUGGUACACAUGCUUGCUUCGAGAUGCUGACACGUGCAACUGUUUUCUGCAGUGCUUAACAGGCGCGCUGCAAGAAAGGAUGUCCGAGCCGCCUUCAGUGGUCAUGGAUGUCAGUGAAAGCUUGGCCCAAGUGGUGAAGGAGGUCAUAAAGUGUUGCUCGGAAAAUAUUUCGGAAGACAGUGGCCAGCAGCAGGAGGAGGUGUCGCUGUUUGUCAUGGGUUUCUGGAGCGAACACGCAGAUGGUGCCUCGCCAGCGGCUCUGAAGCCAGUGUGCAUCGUUGUCACGCAAGACAGCACUUACAUCUGCAAGGCCCACUUUAUGAAGACACCGAAGGGUUCCACCAAAGCUUGUACUAUGCGGUACGAGCCAUUGGCGUGUCAGAGAAUCAGCAACAUAACGGCUGUGCAUCUCUGCAAGAACGCCAAAAGCGCGAAACUUACCUUCCUGGACGAGGACACUGGGACGGAAAUGCAGUGGACCAUUGCAACGAAAACAGUGGCAACGCUGCAUUCGAUACUGAGCACGCUACGAACACCGUGGGAAGAGCUCUUUGGCGUGGAGAUGCCCUUGGACAUCAUCACAGAGUGAAGCCUUCAGCAACAGGCUGAGAUUUUACGCCCCCCACAGUUCUUAAUUUAACAAUGCUAUUGACUUACACACGCACGCUGUGAAGCACAUUUGUUGCAGAGUGGUGUGUUAAAAGACUUAAUUGAUGACAGUAGCCCUUUGUAAUGCUUGUUAGUUUUAAUGCUUUUUUGUUGUUUGUAAAAACAUGAAAGCAACAGUGUAAAAAUCUUUUGCUAGACUUCAGUAAUGUUGCUUGAAAACUAUGAUGCUGUAACAAACUUGUCGCUGUGAUCUUAAGUUUUUAAGGUAUGAGCUUUACAUAUCAAGGGCUUCCUGUCACAAGUAUUCAGAAGGGUGCCGUGCACGCGUUUCUAACAUGGAACGCGUGUAAUGUUUUUAUGUCUGAUUACCACAGAACACACCAAAUCAUGCAUACUCCAGAUUUCGGUUGUGACGAGAACUGUCUUUUUUUUUUUAUUCUGUAAAUACAAUAAAUAUGACAGUUUUUCUAUA